UCGUCGGUGGUCCACGGCGGAGCGAGCUCGCGCGCGCGUCGUCCCAGCAUCCCGAUCCCGUGGAAGGUUAAUGGGAGAUGCACGAUCGAUAACGAUCGCUCGACGGCGGUGAUCUUCGUCGAUGGACGCGUUGCCUAACCUCAAAGACAGCCCUGAAUAUUCACGUUGGUUUCGCGAAUAGCGUGGGAAGUUGCGCCCGAGUGUCCGGACAGAGAGAGAGAGAAAUUCUUACCUCGCGGGGAUAAAAAUGAGAGGAGUCGCGAUAUGGGGCCUGCUGUUGCUCGUGGGAAGCUGCGCCGUCCUGGCCGAUCCCGAGGCCGAGCCAUCGGAGGAGCUGUUCAGUCGGCUGCAGCUACCAAAAAAUCGUAAUGAGGACAAGUGUUACGACGAGAAUGGCAGGCCGCAGAGAUGUAUACCGCCGUUCGAAAACGCAGCUUUUAACGUGCUGAUGGAGGCGACGAACACGUGCGGCGAGGAACGUCCGAUCGAAUUCUGCAAGCAGACGGGCGUGCAAAAGAAGUCGUGCGAAAUUUGCCGUCGCGGCGACCACUCGGCCGUCUUCCUCACCGAUCACGAUAAUAACGACAAUGCUACCUGGUGGCAAUCGGACACCAUGUACGAAGAGUACCCCAACCAGGUCAAUCUCACCCUCCCUCUAGGAAAGACAUUUGACAUAACAUACGUCAGAGUGCUGUUCGAGUCGCCCCGGCCGGAAAGCUGGGGUAUCUAUAAGCGGAAGAACGAGAAGUCACCGUGGGAGCCUUAUCAAUUUUAUUCAGCGACAUGCCGGGACACGUAUAAGCUGCCCGAAUCCAAAGAAACCAUUCGCGGUGACGACACUCGCGUGCUAUGCACCUCGGAAUUCUCUGACAUUUCUCCGCUCACCAAAGGCACCGUUGCCUUUUCGACUUUGGAGGGCCGGCCUUCCGCCUAUUACUUUGAAACCAACCCCGAACUUCAGGAAUGGGUGCAAGCGAGAGAUUUGAGGAUCACUCUGGACAAGUUGAAUACAUUUGGUGAUGAAGUUUUCGGCGACGCGCAAGUGUUGAAAUCUUACUACUAUGCGAUAGCUGAUGUAGCGGUCGGUGCGAGAUGCGCCUGCAACGGCCACGCCGGAGAAUGCGUAAACAGUACCAGCGUGGAGGGCAAAACUCGCAGAGUCUGCCGAUGCGAGCACAACACCGCUGGUCCAGAUUGCAACGAGUGCCUACCUUUUUACAAUGACGCUCCUUGGGGCCGUGCCACAACUACCGAUGCACACGAAUGCAAACCUUGCAACUGCAAUGGAUACUCGGACAGGUGUUACUUCGACAAGGAACUGUAUAAGCUGACGGGUCACGGAGGUCAUUGCUUGGAUUGCCGAGCGAAUCGCGAUGGUGCCAAUUGCGAACGGUGUCGCGAAAAUUAUUAUCAGCGGCCCGAGGAUAACUAUUGCGUCGCGUGUAACUGCAAUGAGAUUGGAUCGAGAAGCUUGCAGUGCAAUAGCGAGGGUAAAUGCCAAUGUAAACCUGGCGUAACGGGGGACAAGUGUAAUCGUUGCGCGGCCAAUUUCUACAAUUUUGGUUCGCAGGGCUGCACUUCCUGCGAAUGCAACUUGUCGGGAUCGGUGGGCAACGUUCCCAAUUGCGAUUCUAUCUCGGGAGUUUGCUCCUGUAAGGAGAACGUCGAGGGAAAACGCUGCAGAGAGUGCCGUCCAGGUUUCUUCAAUCUGGCGGAGGACAACGAGUUCGGCUGCACUCCCUGUUUCUGUUACGGUCAUUCCUCGGUCUGUCGACCGGCGACCGGUUACUCGAAGCUGCUCAUCGAGAGUAUGUUCGUGCGAGGACACGAGCGCUGGUCCGCGUCCGUGGCCGGUAAUCCGACUCAGUUGCACUACGACGCACCGACGCAGACGAUCUCGGCUACCGCGCACGAUCGUGAUAACGCGUACUUCCUUGCGUCCGAUAAAUUUCUGGGAGAUCAGCGAGCGUCGUACAAUCAGUAUUUAUCGUUCAUACUGAGGAUAGGGGAAACUGGUCCGGCUCCAACGGCGCGCGAUGUAAUUUUAGAGGGUGGUAACGGCGAGCAGAUCACGCAGCCGAUCUUUGGCCAGAACAACCAUUUGCCGACCGUUAUGUCUCAAGAAUACCGAUUUAAAUUGCACGAGAAAGAUAAGUACGGCUGGCAACCACAAUUAUCUUCUCGCACCUUCAUAUCAAUUCUGUCGAACUUGACCGCCAUAAAGAUUCGCGGGACUUACACUCAUCAAGGGCGGGGAUUUUUGGACGACGUGAAAUUGGAGACGGCUCAUCGCGGCGUAGCCGGCGAGCCGGCCGAUUGGGUGGAGCACUGCCAGUGCCCUCACGGCUACGUCGGUCAGUUUUGCGAGUCGUGCGCGCCCGGAUUCCACCACGAUCCGCCCAACGGCGGUCCCUUCGCCCUUUGUGUUCCUUGCAACUGCAAUGGGCAUGCCGAUAUUUGCGAGGCUGAGACUGGGCAAUGUAUCUGUCAGCAUAAUACUGCAGGAAGCAAUUGCGAGUUAUGUAGUAGGGGAUACUAUGGUUAUCCACUGAAAGGAACUCCGGACGAUUGCAAAGCAUGCCCUUGUCCCGAUAACGGGCCUUGCAUUCUUCUGGGCAACAAUCCGGAUCCCAUCUGCUCCGAAUGUCCUAUCGGCAGGACUGGACCGAGAUGUGAAACAUGUUCCGACGGUUACUAUGGGAAUCCUGAAAGAGGUCUCGCUUGCCGCCCUUGCGAUUGCAACAACAAUAUCGAUCUAAAUGCAGUUAGAAAUUGUAACCACGAAACGGGGGAAUGUCUCAAAUGCGUCAAUAAUACAGCAGGCUUUCACUGUGAGGAAUGUCUAUCUGGAUAUUAUGGAGAUGCAUUGUCGGAUCGCAAGGAAGACGGAUGUAAGUUGUGCCAGUGUUAUCCACCGGGCACUUUGGAACUUGAAGACGGAAGAGUUGCGCCUUGCGAUCAAUUAACGGGAAAUUGCGCCUGCAAGCCGCAUGUCAUGGGCCACAAUUGCGACAAGUGCGAGGAAGGCUACUUUCACAUUAUGAGCGGAGAGGGUUGCACGCCUUGUAACUGCGAUCUUGAAGGCUCUUAUAAUCGCACUUGUGACCCGAUAACAGGACAAUGUCAGUGCCGACUUGGAAUAACGGGUCAACAUUGCGACGCCUGCGAGCCUUAUCAGUAUGGAUUCAGCCGCGAGGGCUGCAAGCCGUGCGAUUGCGACAGUAUUGGCUCCCAGGAUUUGCAAUGUGACGCAAACGGACAAUGUCCUUGCUUGACAAACGUUGAAGGCAGGCGUUGUGAUCGCUGCAAGGAGAACAAGCACAAUCGUCAGCACGGCUGCGUCGACUGUCCCGAUUGUUACAACCUUGUACAGUCGGCAGUCAAUGAACACCGACAACGUUUGGCUGAGCUUGAGGACACUCUCUAUAAAAUCAACAGCAGUCCCACCGUCAUCAAGGACUCGGAUUUCGAGGAGGAGCUCAACAACGUUCAGGAUAGAGUAAAAGAGUUACUGAUUAUUGCCAAGCAAGGAUCCGGCAGUGAAAAUAAAACGUUAGUGGAACAGCUAGAUGAGUUGCGUGAGCAAUUAAAUACGAUUGACAAGAUCUAUCAGACCGUGGACGUGACGGCGAAUGAUGCACGCGAUAUAACUGAAGAAGGUUUAACCAUUAUCAAUGAGGCAGAGAAAGUCUUGGAUAAAAUCUAUGAUCAGCUAACGGAUGCAGAGGAUUACUUGGGUACGGAUGGAGCGAGCGCUUUAACUUCGGCGAAAUUGCGCGCUGAGCAAGUGGGCCAGCAGAAUCAGCAGAUGACGUCGAUCGCACAGGAGGCACGUGUACUCGCCGAAGCAAAUACCAACGAAGCCAAGAAGCUUUAUAUGUUGGCGGAGCAAGCGCGAAACACAACACUGGAGGCUUAUAAUCUCGCAAAACAAACGAUAGCGAAAUAUUCCAAUAUAACGGAUGAAAUAAGGGAUCUGGAGAACAAGCUGGCACAAUUGGAGGAUCGUAUGGACGAAGUGAAAAAUCUCACUGCCAUCGCAGCUACUAAAUCCUCAGCUGUUUCGCAGGAAGCGUUAGAUUUGCUGAUCCUCGAUUUAUCGCUUCCUCCAGUCGAUAUCGAGCAAUUGCGACAGCAAACGGAAAGCGUUAGCAGUGUGAGCUUACAGAUAAAAGAGCAGGCGCAACUCUUAUUGGAGCAAAACGAGAAUCUUAUCAGAGAAAUGGCUGAGAAAGUUGAAAGGAGCGAAGAACUUUUAGACAAAGCUCAAGAUCAACAAGCCUCGACAGCCGAAUUGUUAGCUGAAUUGGAUAAAGCCAAUGAGACGGCAAAUGACGCUGUUAAACGUGGCGAUCAGACACUGAAAGAAGCUCAGGAAACCUUGCAGAAAUUAGGAGAAUUUGAUGCUGAGGUACAACGUGAACGUGUUAAGGCUCAGAGUGCUUUGAAGGACAUCGAGCAAAUUGAAGAAUUGAUCAACGACGCUAAUACGCAAGCCAGAGAGACGGAGAGAGUGCUACAUUCAUCGGAAGGUAACGCUAAAAACGCACGCGAAAUUGUGCAAAACGCUCAGACUUAUGCGGAUAGAGCAAGUACUAGUGCAAACGAUAUUAGAGUGGAAGCGAAUAAAACUAAAAUCGAAGCUGUACGGCUCGGAAACGAAGCCGAAAAGUUGCACCUUCGAGUUGACACCACGGAUUCGAUGAUCCGACAGUAUGAAAUUCAGACGACCAAGGACGCCAAUAUUACCGCCGAGGCAAACUAUAAAGUUGGCCAGGCGAAAACCAACGUGACUCUGGCGUCGCAGCAAGUUGAUAAAGCUUUAUUCGAAGUUGCCGCGAUCAUCAGAGAGCUCGAGAAUCUACCAGAAAUCGACGACGCAGAUUUGAAUCGCUUAGAAGAACGUCUGGUUGCUGCUGAGAAAGAAAUUAAAGCCGCAAAUCUGGAUCAGCGAAUUCGCACAUUGACGGACGCGAAGAAUCUGCAAUCGCAGUGGGUUAAAAAUUACGAAGAUGAGGUCAGUAGAUUGCGAAUCGAAGUGGAAAAUAUCGAUGAUAUUCGAAAUGCUUUGCCAACUGAUUGUUAUCAGCGUCUCCGUCUGGAGCCUUGAAAGAGUCUUGAGUUUGCAUUAUCUUACGUCUUAUUCAUUUUUGUGUCAUUUCUUAGAAGUAUAUUAUAAACUAUACAUUUUAAGUCCUGUGUAUCCUUAGUUAAGGCUCGAGGAUUUUAAAAUCUUUUUAGGUCGAGGAUCUUUUUCAGAUCACUAAAACUAUUUUGUUAAAGAAAGAA